AUGUCGCCACCCAUCAAGAACGAGAUUCUGGACUGGAAGCCACUCACCAUGGAUCGGGAUAUGAGCGCGGAGUCGAAAGCACUCAUCGGCAAACUAUCAAGUCUGAAGAUAGAUCGCCUUACACGUAUUGAUCAUUUCGAUACCUGGUUGAUCGCUAUCACUCGUGCUCUUAGAUCUCCAGGGCUUGAAGACUAUCUCAACAUUGCAGAACGGGCUUCCAAAAGUCGGUACACUGGGGGAACGCAAUGGAUAGCCGUCUCAAAGCAGAUCGCUUCUUGGAUGAAACAUCAUAUGGAUGGCACCCUCUUCAAAGUCCUGAGGGCACGUGGGGAGGCUCUUAUCUUUGCAGACACAUUAAUCGACAAAGCAAAGAAAGCGUUCGAGACGGGGCAUCUUGCAGACGAGUUGAGACUGGAGAAGUUUCUCAGCAUGGUACCAGCAGACUUUGCCUCGAUGUCAGGUUUUGUGACAGCUUAUGAGGAAGGGUUCAUACCGAUGAGAUCUCAUGGGAUCAAGAUGGGUGCUUAUCCAGCGCUUCUAACGAUUCUCUCGCAUAUCAAGCAGUCUCACAAACAGGUACAUGAUAAAAUACAUUAUAUGCUGGAGACCGAGGUUGAUUUUGCAAAGUCUCGCAUUGCAGAGGAGCGAAAUGUCGACGCCAGUACUAUUCAAACGGCUGAAGUGGUUACUAGCAACGUGUUCCUAGACUUUGCGAGCCGUACAGCUACUUUACUUGACGACGAAGAUACUUGA